UCAAUUUUUUUUUGAUGUGCUGUUUGAUUUUGACGUGUAACUUGUCGCUUUCUGCGCUAUUUACAAAUUAUUAUUCUUAACAAAUUUAUUAUAAAACCUAAAAAUAUGUCGAAUGGUCAAUGGGAAGUUGUCGGGAAGGGCAAGAAGUCUCAAAAUGGUAAAAUCAAAAAUAAGGAAGAAGAAAAGAAGUCAUUUAAAAACGGUCCAAAACUUGAGGACAUUAUGCCUCAUUCUCAAAUAAAGUCCUUUUAUGCUGGAAUGGAGAUCGAUGAUGAUAGAAAACCCGCAAAGGAAAACAAAAAUGGUUCAAAGAAAAAGAAGACUCAAGAGAAAAAAGCGGAGCCCCCAAAACCUAAACCACCAAAAACUAUAGAGGCAGCUUUUGAAGCUAUGGACCCGGCUGAGCUGGCCAAUAUAAUAGCAACAAACAAAAUACGCUUCUCAAACGCCCCACUAGUGUGGUUGAAGGAGGUUGCCAGUUUCCUCAACUCCAAGACCCAGAUUGAAGUUGAAGACCCAACAUUUACCAAUUACCCUCCAACAUAUCCUCUUUCUACGUUACCUACAGAAAUCAGGACCAGUCUGGAGAAUGUAUUGCAGGACGCUGGAAAGGCUAAUGCUCAGUUGUUCUUUGACGUCACUCUUACCGCUCUUGCCAAUGACAUGAGCAGAGGUCAAUCAGUGAAUGGCCAUAGACUACUUCUGCAAAUGCUGGCAAAUGACUACCCAGAGUUCUGCAUCGCUUCUGUGCAGAAGAGCGCGAGUCUACGCAACUCGUACCAAAACAGACCACCCAUAGGGUUGUCCCUCCUUUGGGCGUUCGGUCAAGGCGGUUUGACUGACUUUUCUGUGGGUUUGAAAGCUUGGCAAGAGCUAUUCCUGCCUAUAAUAGAAUUGAAGAACUACUCCAAAUUCGUGGUGGUAUACCUAUCGAACCUUCUGGAUAGACACGCCGAGAUGGACAACAAAGUGAGCUUGGACCAGCUAUUGACCAUGUGCGAUAUGGUCAAUAGUAAACGGAAUAGUCUGCCGAAGGAUUUGUCAAGUGACCUUAUACAGCAAUUAACUAAAUAUAAGGAUAUGUACUUCAGUAGAAGUGGCAAUAGGUUACAAGUGACCUUCAAUCAGAUUAUGAAGAAGCUUCCUAACCAGUUCCUCACGAGUUACAACCUCGACUCCUACACCAGGGUGUUGGUUGAGAGCUUGGUGGAUUGUCUGGAGAAGGAUGACUCCUGCAAUGCCACCUGGAGGCAGUUGUUCCAUAGGUGUACGAAGCAGUCGGCCACUCUUCUAGAUUUUAUAAAUAGCAACUGGGAAGAACUAAGUUCAAAACUGAAGAAAAAGUCAUUGAAGAUUACAGUAACGGAAUACAAAUUAGUUAGUGCUGAUGCUUUGAAAGGAAAAAAAAAGGACGAAACUGUUAUCAAGGCUAACAAAAUAUGCCAGGAUAUUCUAGACAGAAUGACGAGUACUAGAAGGUUCCCUUGGCUUUGGGCUAGCUUCCUGCUGCUCAUCAGUAUAGGUGGGCUGGUGUCUUACGAUGUAUAUAGAGUGGGCGGCAACUUCCCUAAAAGUGCUUCUGGCAAAAUCCUCAACGACUUGGGCGUGUUGGAACACAGUCAACGCGCUUGGCAGAAGACGUUAUCGACGUCGGCAAGAGGAUAUCUCUGGGUCGAAACCAACGCUCCUAUUUACUACGCCCAAACUGUAGAAAUAUGCAAACCGUACGCGGAACUAUCUAAGGACGUGUUCACCGUUGCAUACAAGAAGACAGGCAUAUUAUAUGGAAAUCUGAAGGAUUAUAUUAUAGAGAAGACACCUGUUGUUGUUGCAACUAUAGAGCAUUACGCUCCCGGGCUUGUAGAUAGUGUUCAGGGUUAUGCGUCAUCAGGAUAUGAAGUUGUGAAGAAGUAUUCGAGCGAAUAUUAUCAGUUCACCGCUGAUUAUCUGAAGACAAAAGUUUUUGUUGGCGAGUGGGCGCCCGAGAUCCUGCAAACCAAAACGCAGACCGCCCUGAACGUGACUAGGGAUCAUAUGACCACAUACUUCCACUGGUUCCGGCAGCAGGUCAACAUAUACUCGGAGAUACCCUGAAGAGUGGUGUAACUCAUUGUAAUGUUUCUGUCGUGUGCUGAUGGAGGAAUAUAUUUUUAUUACAUUUGAAAUUAAGUUAUUAAGGACAAAUGCGACUAGAAGGCAAAGCGCUGUCAUAAAAAUAAAGGUAUGUGUACAUACGUCUUGAUUUAAUUAUCGUAAAUUAUAAUUAUCGUAAAUUAAACGUAAAAAUUGUGAAACCCCAUAUACAUGAACAACACACCAUUCUAAACUAGAAUUAGUGAAAAAAAGUAGUUUGUACCUCAGAUCAUUGAAAUAUAACAAGAGUUGAUUACAUUAUGAAUUAUGAAAAUCCCUAACAAAGUAUUUAUAGAAUUUCAGUAGCAUUUGCCCUUGUUAACUUUAAAUGAAUUUUCUUUAUUGUAAGCCAACAACAUCUUUGGCAAUGCGUGAACAUUAAAAGCUGUGUUCACAUGAUAUUGUGUAUUUCAUAUUGUAAAUAUUUUGCCUCUCUAUUCUUUGUUCUUAUGGCCUCUUGGAGUUGGAUGACUUUAUUAAAACUAACACUAGACAUCUUUCUCGCUCUAGCAAAUGACGAUAAUGAGUGACAGAAGAUGAUGGCAAUUUUCUAGGUUGCCAUCCUUUUCUGUCAGUCAUUCAUAUGCUGGAGCGAGUAAGACACGAGUGCGUGAGCUGCAUAAUGUGGUCCAAACCUUAUUCAUUUCCCUUUUUAAUUUAAUGUCAAGCCCUGAUUAAAUCCUUUAUCUAUUUCAAAUCUUAUUCUAUUUAAAUGGAAGGAGUUUGCUUUACGGUGGAUACCUGUGGAUUUACUAAGGGCUGUAUUAAUUUUCAAUAUAUUCAUGCACAAAUUAUUUAAUUUAUAAAACCACCCUCCAUCCACACAUGUCUCUUAUGAAACCCCGAGAUUAUAUUUAUCCAGUAAAAUUCAGUACAAUAUUGUUCAUGAUUUUACAACGAACAAUCAUUUUAUUCAAUGCAAUAAUGUCAUAUCAUCAGAAAAUGUAUUUUUAAAUCAUGUCAUGACAAUUUUUUUUAAAUUAUUUUGUAUUUUAUCGAAAUCUAUGAAAUCAGUAUUGGAUACAAAUGUUACAUUCCUUCUCGCAUUUAUAAGGCGUUGUACACAGUUGGCCAAGGCAUUUAAGCCAAUAUUGAAUUAGAGACAUGAGCUAAUAUCAGAUUAAAAGUAUACCUGGCAUCAUUCUGAAUUUGGUAUAAUAUUGUGACAUAUUUUUAUUGCAAAUAAAAAUACCUACUAAUGUUGGUUAAUAUAUUCAUGUGCUGGUGACCAACAUUGGCCCAACGCUUUGGCCAAUAUGUAUAGUGACCUACCAAGUUACCCUUGGGUUUUCAUUCUAUUUUGUAUAUUAACUCCCAAUGAAAUAACUAUAACUGGAGCAUGUAGCUGUAAGUUUGUAGUACCUAUAUUUAUUGUUUGAGAGUUUGUGUUUAGAUUACAGAAUUUUUAUAAAAGAGGAAUGAAUUUCAGUGUGUUGGCGGUCUGACAAAUAUUUCCAAAAGUCUAUUCAAAUAAAUUCGAAACAAGUAAAAAAUUGGCGUUUCAUAGUUACCAUUGAGGGAUUCUGUAUGGAAAGUAGAAUAGUUUUUAUUUGGCUAUAAACUAUUGAAAAUUUUAAGUGUUCAAAAAUUAAGACUUUCUCAUUAAACUAAAUAAAUGAUCAUUCAUAUUGAAAACAUUUGUUUGUGCCAAAAUAUUACUCAUUUUCAGUACAUCUAAAAAACUACACAGGACAAAAAUCGCGUAAAAAGUGCAGUUAAUUACGUUACCGCGCGAAUUUUCCGUAUCCUUUAGACAUCGUGAGGAACCUUCAUACUAAAUUUCAAAUCUCUAGAGGCAGUGUGUUGUCUUGUCAGUCGGUGACUCAAUAACCGAAAAGUUUUAUACUAAUAGCUUGUACAAUGGUUUUGGAAUUAUGUUUGUCAGGCUGGCCAUAUCUGACAAGUAAUGUUAUGUGCUGAAUAACUGUAAGGAGUCACAAUGAAAAUAUUGUUAGUGAA